AUGGAUCUCAUAAAUGAUAUAAAGAAACAACUGAUUGCAGCAGUGAAAGAUGAGUUGAUCAAAGUUGUUAGAAAGGAACUUGUAAAUGAAAUAACUCUGAUGAGGAAGAAAGUUGAUGAGCUUGAAAGGAAUCUGAAAGUAGAACUAAACUCAUUUAAAGAAGGUGCAUUUGCCCUGAGUACACAAUCAACAAACAAGCUGGAAUUAGAAAAAUCAAUAAUAGUUAGAGCAGAAUGCACUAAAAGCAGACAAGAUAGUGUACCAGGUGUGGUGAAAGUUGAACUUACAUCAACAGAUACAAAGGUGAAAGCACUAAGGAACAAGUACCGCUUGAGAGAUAAAACAAAAUUCCAGAAUGUGUUUCUGCAUGGUGCAAAGACACACGAGGAAGGAUUAAUCGAACUCAACACCAAAGAGUUACUGAGAAAUAUGCCUGAAAGACACCAGUGGCAGACUUGUAAAGAAGUCUCAGAGGCUAGGAAAUGGAAUGGACAAACAGUAACAGCUGAACAACAAGAUAAAGAUGAAUGGAACACAUCAGGAAUAUAG